AUGUACGAGAAAACUCUAACAAGUCCAAGCACAUCACCAACAGGUGCCAUAUCUCGGACCCAAGAUGGGUCCAGAUCAACUUGGUCUCGAACAAGGCAACAUCCAGCUCUUAAUGAUGCCGCCUCAGCAGCCUAUCGACGUGAUUUAGCUGCUAUGGAAGGUCGACAAGCUCGUUUGACCAUCAGUUUGAUCCUUGCAUCUCGUCAACCCUCCGCUCGUAUUGACCACUUCUUACGCAUUUGUGAUCGCCAUAUACAUUCCGCCCUUAGUCUUUUCACGGUUUCUCGUGAGGUAAUGGCUGAAGCGAUAGGACAUCGUCUACACACAUCCUCUAAUGCAUUUACUAUCGAUGAGCCCGUUUUAUUGAUGAACGCUGUAGCGAAUAUCGCCACUUCAGCUGCCAGUCCCACUCCCACAAGGGGUCAGGAUUCAUCUAUUAUGCUUCCAAUCAAUUUUGAGACUUCCCCUCUACCUUCCAGUAGUAUACAAGAGCGUACCGCAUUGGUUACAACAUCAUUCCAUUUGGCCCUCUGUGUAGCUGUUCGGACAUUAUGGCCGAAACAUCAUUUUCGUCGACAGGAGUUCCUCGGUUGGAUGGUAUCCACGGGUAUCCUUGCAGGACCGUUUGCGCUAAAACACCUAGUGCAGUCGUGGAGUUCGUAUGUUUCUACUAUAGAGGGUAUAACGAUGCUGGCACCAACAAUGCUUAAUUGUCUGAGUUAUCUCCAAAACGUGGGUACUGUGACAAGUGGAAGUGGCUUGAACACUAGUGGAAGAACUGGUGGUCGAAGUGGUGUUGGACGUGAUGGGAGUUUGGAUCCCAUGUGUCCGAGCUCACCAAGAGUCUACAGCUUUCAUUCCUUCUCCCUUACAAAUCUGGAUCAAAUUCGUGCUGCUGUCAGGGCCAUGAUUGUUCAGGACAAUCAUCCAAUCGCUCAAGAUGUCCUAUGGUCAUGCCAACUUGCUCAUCGUCUAGGACUUACCAAGCUGUCAGAUUUCCUUAAGGUGGUUAUCUCCAAUGUCCACUGUCCAGCAGUCUUGACGGAGAUUCUUCACAGGUGUCGAGCACCACUUCCUUAUGGACUUCGACCACAUUUUCCUCUUCAUCCGCAAAUGAAUCACCCUUUCUUCUGCAACAGCUACAAACAGCGUCUCUCUGUUGAUGUUCCUCCCUUGAAAGCUCUACUGGAUGCCACAAUAAACGCCUAUAUCAUGACAACUCAUUCCCGACUAGCAAGCAUUUCACCACGACAAUACGGCGAUUUUGUAGAUUUUCUUGCACGAGCUCACGAGGUCUUUAGUCUGCUCAAACCCGACGGUCUUAGACAAUUCCAUCAGCUUGUCACCUCUUUGUGUCAUUCCUACCGUGGCAAGAGAAAACUUGUCACUCUUUUGAAUGAACGAUUCCAUUCUCAGCUUAGCUAA